UAAACACAAUUGAAUGAAGAAAUUACGAAACAGUUUCAGUUGGAGUAACAGUUGAACAGAAGGUUUUUCAGACAAAGAAGGUAAUCUCGUUAUAAACCAUAUAAAAAAUGUCUGAUGGGGAUUUCAAAAGUGAUUUAGCUAUUAACGAAAUACCAUUAUGGUUGAAUAAGGAUUACAUUCAAAGUAUCAUAGGAAUGCAUUCCUAUUACAACAAAAUGAAUUUAGAAGUUGAAAAUGUUGAUAUCACAAAAUGUGGUGGAAAAGGAGAAAAUUUCAUGUCACAUUUAUAUCGUGUAGCGGUAUUUUACAAAAACCACUUUGAUGAAAGCAACUCUGAUGAUACUGAUGAAUCUAAAAAGCCUUUCUCCUGCAUAAUUAAAACAUCACACGACGAUAAAGUCCCCAACUUCCAUUUAAGUGAAAUGGAAACUUACAGAAAUAUAUUACCAAAGCUGAGAAUGGUGCAUCCACUUGCUAAAGUAAAUAAUGGCUUUUUUCCUGAAGUUUUUAAGAUCGAUCGUGAAAACAAUGCAUUAAUUCUUGAAGAUUUAUCGGAAAAAGGGUACGUGAUGGCUGACCGUUUCAAAGGCCUUGAUUUUAACCACGUGAAACUUUCAUUGGAAAAAUUGGCACUAAUGCACGCUUCAAGUAUGAUUAUUCAAGAACGAGAACCAAACACCUUCGUUCGUUCUACUACAGGCUUCUUCUCCAGAGAGAAUAACGAUGGUGUCCCAAUUAUUUAUUCUUUGUUUGAUGCUUUCUGUGAAGAAAUGUCUAAAUGCGAGGUGUAUGCAUACUACUUUGAAAAAAUUAGAAAAAUGCGUACAAAUCUCAUUGAAAAUGGACGAAAGGCUUUUGAUGUUGAUAAUAACGAUAUAAAUGUAAUGAUGCAUGGAGAUUUUUGGACAAAUAACAUAAUGUUUCGGUACGAUAAAAACGGCCUCCCAAUUGAUGCAAAAAUUCUUGACUACCAAUUCACCGCAUAUGGAUCGCCUGUUUUAGAUUUGUUGUAUUUCAUAAUGUCGUCAACAACUGAAGAGUUGAGGGAACAUAAAAUGGAAACGAUGAUGCAAUUCUAUUAUCAUCAGUUGAGAAAAACAGCCGAAAAACUCAAUUGUAAAAAGCCAAUUCCAUCACUCCACUCGUUCUAUUGUACAGUGUCGAAGAGAUUAAAUUAUGCAUUCAUAACAUGUUUCCUUUUGCUUCCUGUCAUGAUUGAUCCCAGCCGAAAAGGUGAUUUUAACUUGCUCAAGGGUACUGACGAAGAAUCAAAAGCUUAUAGGAAAAGCUUAUUCCAGAAUUAUAAAUAUCAAUCAAUUGCAAAGGCAAUGAUUCCAAAAUUUGAUCACUUAGGGCUUUUCAAUGAUAAUUGGCAUUGUUAAAUUGUAACUUACAAAAAUAUUAGACACUGUUCGAAGCUGUCUAGUACCAAACGCAACUUUAAAUGAUUAUAAAUGUAGAUUUAAUAAGUCAGUAUUUUUAUCAUGAUGUAAAUAUUUUGUUUUCCUAAAUGUUGAAUAAAGUAACAAACUACAAAUCGUAGAAUAAAUAAAAUCA